AUGGCUGACAAUAUAAAGGUAUCAACAGUACAAGGUGAAAAACGCGACAUAGAUGAUGAUGAUGAUGAUACUGCCGAUACUAAAGAAUCAACAGAUAACAGAAAGAAGAAAACUGAUCUUGGAGGUUUUAUUAAAAUUUUUGUACGAGGUACUUUAUUUGAAAUGGCGAGAACAACAAUACGUCGUUCACCAUUUUUGUGGCGAUUGAUCAACGAUCAACCAAAUUCAGAAGAUGGAUUUCACCAUACUGAUCGUGAUCCAAAGAAAUUCGAAUGUUUAAUGAAUUAUUUAUCAGAAAAUUGUGUACCAGAUAUUUUACCAUGCAGUGUUCGAGAGUUAUAUAAUGAAGCAUUAUUCUAUGGUAUUGAUUUACCUGAGAAUGAUUGUUGGGGAACAACAUUAUCGUACACUUUAAAGAAUAUUAAUACGUAUGACAUUCGUGGUCAAUUGAAAUCCUUUGCCUAUAAACACGGCAUUUUUGGUUGGGUUGAGUGGAGACAACGUGUUUCACUUGUUAAUGAAUUCCAUUGCCAUCGAACAAUCGAUUUAAAUGUUGUUAACGAAUACAUGCUCGAUCAGGCUUCAAAACAAAUAUUUAUGAUACAAUCAAAAAGUCAAAGAGAUGAAAGACUUUCACCUGCUCCUCUCUUUCAAUGUCCAAAAACACGUAAGCAUCAUAAAGAAAUAAAAACUUUAAAGAACAAGUUAGACCACUGA